GCUGUUGGUAGCAGGCCGGCAGCGACGGGAGGAGCGGCCGGGAGCCGUCCCGGUGCCGGUGCCCCGAUGCCGCUGCGCCUCGGGAGGGGGCGGCGGGGCCCCUUCAAACAUAUAGCUCAUGGCCUGGUCCCUGCUGCUACCAUAGCUCCUAAACCUGCAGUUCCCCGCACCCCUCCCCCUCGUAGUCCAAACCCUUCUCCAGAAAGGCCCAGAUCUGCUUUAGCAGCAGCUAUCCUCGCAACAACACUAACAGGGCGCACUGUUGCUAUUCCUCAGCCUCGGCAGCGAUCACUUUCGGAAAGUGAUUCCACCUACGUGGAACAAGAGUGCUUUGAGCCAUAUGCAACAGUCACAGAGCUCAGAAUGGGGCCGAACUGGAAACUUGAUGGUAGUGACAGAUCUCCUCUACAGUCCCUAGAAAUAUCAGGCAAUUGCUGUGAGGAUGAGGACAUGGAUACCUAUCCUUCAGAUCCUGAUAAAGAGGAAGAGUCCAGCUGUCAGAGUAAUGAGAAAAGGGAAGAAAGCUUUAGCAACAAUGCUAUUUAUGCUGUUCCUUGCAAAAAUAAAAAGGAAGAGUGUCCACUACCUCCUAGUAAUAAUGUUGAGAAGAAAGAAACAUCUUCUCGUGAAACUGAGUUUCACAUGCAGGUGGAUGAGUCAAAUGUGCAAACAGAAGAAAACAAAUAUCUUGGCUUGAAUUUGAAGGAAGAAAAAUCAUUAGCUGAAAAUCUUAUAUGGGAGAAACCUCCACCAUCCCCAGAUAUAUCCAUUCGGGCAAGGCAAGCACGGGAAAACAUGACUAAAGAAAAGUUCAGAGAGCUAAAACAAGAAAACUGGUCUUUGAACAAGGUAUACCACGCUAUGGCCCAGCAAUUUGAGGAGACAAAACAGCAAAUGGAAGAACAGCAAUUAAAACUGAAGAGACUAGAAGACGAAAACAGAAAACUUAAAGAAGCUGCAAAGAAGAUACACAGAGAAGAGGAGGCUACAGAAUUACUUUCUCUGAGACAACAAGCACAAGAACUUGUAGAUGAAAAUGAUGCUUUGAAAAUGACAGUCCAUCGUUUGAACGUAGAAUUAAGUCGCUAUCAAACUAAAUUCAGGCCAUUGUUGCAAGAAGAGCAUCUAAAAAUAAGAAGUUUACCCAUGAAAGGACCACCACCCCCAUGGCUGCUGGAUAUGAAAUAUUUGUCACCUCUUCUGUUGGCAUAUGAAGAUAGAAUAAGAGAAAAGGAAGAUUUAAGUCUUGCAUAUGAGGAGGAUAUGAAGAACUUUAAAGUACAAGUUGAAGAGUUGGUGAAGGAGAAUGAAGACCUGCAUGAGCAAUUAAAUAAAAAUAACUUUAUUACCACUACAGAAUGGCAUCAGCUACAAACUCAGGCCACGCUGGUCUUGGAAGAAAACAGGUUGUUGAUGGAGCAACUUGAAAUUCAACACGCUAAAGCAAAAGAUAGUCACAGACAACAUGUUCAGGAAGCUUCAAAAUUGACCAAGCAGGUAAUAAUUUUAGAAGAUAAGAAACGAAGUCAAGAAGAACAGAUAGCAGAGUACCAGAAGCAGUUGGAAGCUUUACGUACUACUUGUGAAGAGCUGAAAGCAAAACUGGAUAGCAGAAGAGCAGCAGAGGAGCACUUUGCUUUGGUGAAUGAUUUAAAAAGCCAUUUACAACAGGAGCAGGAGAAAAAGCGCUCUGAGGUGGAAGACCUAAUGGGAAAGAUAGCAUCAGUGCAAGCUCAAAACAAGAAACUGCUUUUAGAGAAAAAUAACUUCAUGGCGGACAAGAAGAUCCUGGAAGCUGAUGUUGAAAUGACACAAAAGACAAACAGGCAAUUAAAGAAGAAAAUACGUCUUUUGAAACAGCAGUUGGAGGAAGCAACAGAAAAAGAAGUUGCAGCCCAUCACUAUCUAACAAACCUUAUUGGUUUGGUGGAGAAGAUAGCUCAGGAACGUGAUCACCUUAUUUUUUUGGCCAGGUGUUUGGAAAAUGAAAAUCAUGGUGUUCUCAACAAAAUAGUAGAAGGCAGUCUACGCUUAGGAAGGCUGCAAGAAAAAGUUAAGCUCUAUAAAAAGAAAGCAGCUGGGAAGCUUGGAGAUAUCAGUCUCAAAAUGACUGAGCAGGAGAAAGAAUUUGCCGGGAAGACUGCUCAGUACCAGCAAGAACUGAAGCACCUGCAGCGUUUGCUGGAAGACAAACAGGAAACCCUUAAUGAAGUGCUGCAGCAAAAAAGAAAAGUGGAAGGUGAACUUGAAGUCAUUUGGGAAUCCACAUCCAAUGAAAAUAGGAGAAUGAGAGAACUCUUACAUAAAUCUCUGGGAAAAAACGACAUGUGGAAUACUGUCACAGUUCACGAGUCAUACUUGGAUGAAGUCUCUCAGAAGGACCUGGUUUAUGGACAUGAUUUUAGCUAUUGUGAUGUGAAACCAUCACCUACUAAGAAUGAAAUUCACCAAGAAUCUUAGUGAUAAGAAUAAAGAUGCCUAAAGCAUAUCACCAAAGAUAGGAUUAUCACAGAAGAACAGAGAACUAUGUGCCUGAAUUUGACUUUUUCAACAACACAAUGCAGUAGCCUCUUCACACAUUUACCCUCUUCAAUUUUUUUUUUUUUUAAGAGUCCUCAAAAUGACAGCAAGAUGUUCUCCAGCUACAGCAAUAUUAGUGUAAUUCCAGGCUAAAAUUUAACUUCAUUUUUUAAAGAAAAGGCUGUUCCUUAUUCAGGCAAGAUGUGGUACAGCUCUAAAUUAACGUAAGUCCACAAGUACAUAGUUAACAAAAUAAAAAAUAAUAAUGAUUUAGCUUGAAGUUCUAACACAGAAACAGUACAUAGAAUGUGCUAUAAAUAAACUGAACAGGAAAAGAGAAAACCUCCAUGAGAUAAUGUCUCAUAUAUAUUAUAUAUUUUAAUUAAAAGGCCAAAUUUCAGUCGUUUCUCCACAAACUGUCAAAUAAAAUAUAGAUCAUGACCAAAGUUGAAAAAAAAAAAAAAAACCACGGUGUUGUCUGUUCUCUUUGCUGGUGAUGAAGCAUCCUGACAUUCUGUGUUUCAAGGAUGUUCUUAGAUUGAAUUGCCAGCCAAAAAUCUUGUUUUCUCAUGGACGGAAAUAUUUGUGAAGCAAAGAGGACAGAAACAUCCUCAUGACAACUUGUGGUGCCUGAAUGCACAGUUGUCCACGAAGUAGAUUUAAAAGAGCCCAGGCCUCAACAAGUUUCCUAUUGUAGUUUUGCCAAAGGGAUAAGAACCUGGCAGAGGAUGCAGUCCUCCCUCCAAAUUGAGUGGUCUUUCUCACUUCCAAUUCAGUAGCUUUGCAGGAAGCCAGAAUUAUUUUUUCCAGAGCAUUCUCUGCAGCAAUGCCAGUCCUUAGAUUAGUAUGAUAACACAUUUGCCUUUAUUUUCAUAAUAAAUGUUUUUCAACAAUACUGCACAUCAAUACUGAAGCAAUAUGGAGUAUGACUUUCAUUUUGGAAUUCACAUGCAAUUUUGUGGACUAGCUUUUUGUUUGUUGCUUCAUUUCUGUAACAAAAACCUAAAUGGAACCAGAAAAAUUUAACAACACAAUCUAUGACCAGCAGUUCUGUAACAUUAGAAAUAUGAAACAUCUCAUCAACUUUGAUCAAAGUUAAUGAAAAGAGUUGAAAAAGUGAAAUACUAAAAGGAAUAUAUACUGUGACUGUCAGGGACUAGAAAGUUUUUAGCUUUCCUGAGGCAUUUUCAUUCACAGUAAGGUAGACCCAUGACAAAUCAAUAUUGGAGAUUUAUCAGUAUUUUGAAAAAAAAAAUACUGAAAAAUUAGACGCAUUUUUAAGUUGUAAAACAUGCUCCCCCAAACAUACAUCAACAGCACUGAAGUGAAGUGCCUGUAAAAGUCACCCAAGGUAGAUGCUAGGUAGAUGCUUUAUCACUCUGGAUGUGAACAACAAACACGGUUAAGAAGCUUUAAGCACUUUUACAACUUGCCAUUACAAAUCAAAUGAGAUGCAAUUACAUGCUAUUUGAAAAUUGGUGUUAUAAACGUGAAAGGUUAUCUAGUGGAAAAAGUUGAUUGACACUGGAUUGUCAGACUUUCCAACUACGGUACAAAAUGCAGCGUCUCCUCCCUGUCACUGCUUAAUCUAUUUAUCAUGCAAUAUAAUAUUUAUCACGAAGACACUAACUGCUACCUGGAGGUACCACCUAGGCAGACUUCUGUCCAACUGGUCUGAGAGAAGUUUUGGUAGUAUUUCAGAAUGAUGAUUGAAGUUGCACAGAAUCAUGACAACUAGCCAGAGAACACCUAAUUUUUCUACUUACCAGAACUGUGUACACUUUUAUUUAAUAUGAAUUCAAUAAAACUGUUUUUUUUUUUUCUACUACUGGGAAGAGAGUUCCUUCACUCUGUCCUUAGGUUAAUAUACCUAUAAACACAGUUGCUAAGUUACGUUUUAUUGCAACUUGGAUUAGGUAAAUAAAUUCAGCCUGAACCAAAGGAAAAUGCAAUGUAACCAACACAGACACUGAAUGAAAGAUAGAUGGGCUGAACUUAACUUCCAAUACAAGGACCUUUUAUUUCACAUACUGAAUAUAAGUGGAGCACACUUUUUUCAUAUAUUGCCUUAGAACACUGCAUUUAUCCAGCAGAAGCCUUGAUUUAAGCCAACUCACUAAAACAAGUUACAGAAUACUUUGGUUUCAUUUGAAAUCAGAAAAAAAGGGUUUUAAAUGGGCUAGGUUAGAAUUAAAUUACCAUGUGGAAGACUGAGAACUUGUUUGUUUAUCAAUACCAAAUAUAUGCUGUCAGAGAAACACAAGAUCCAUCUUUUUGUAAUUAACAGACAUUCCUUAUCUUCUUAAUUUCUCAUUACAAAUUAAUUCCAUAAAGAUGAUCAAUGAAACAAUGUUUUUACACCAUGAUAAAACAAUCAUUGAAUCAGAUGCUAGUGCUGGAAAGUGUACACGGUAACAUAUAUUAUAUUCCUGUCAAGGAAACGAUUGAUACCAACAGUGCUUCUGAAACUUAUUUUUAUUUUCUAAAGGAGCAGGAAAAACAGACAGAUUAUAAGUAAAGGGAUAAUAGACAGACAAGAACAGAGAAAUAAAUGUUUCUCACAAGGGUGUGGAGUAUCAGCAUAAGAAUGCAGAAUCAGCAGAUCUCAGGUAUGGCAACCAGGAACUUCACGUGAAGUGACCGUGCAAGACAGUAUUACACCGUUUU